AUGGAUGUAUCAACUACUGCUAGUGAUCAUUUUCUAAGUUCGAAAUUGGUUGGGGUAGAUCUCAAUCCAGGAACUUCAGAGUGGGACUCGGUGAAAUCUCAAGUUUGGAAGGCAAUUUCGGAGUAUGGUUGCUUCAAGGCUUCGUUUGAUAAAAUUCCUCUACAUCUUGAAAAGUCAUUUCUUGAUAAACUGAAAGAGCUUUUUGACUUACCCCUACAAACAAAAACGCAGUAUGUUUCUGAAAUUCCAUUCAAUUGCUAUUUAGGGCAGUCUCCUCCUGCGCGGCUAUGUGAAAGCUUUGGUAUUGAGGAUCCCAGCAUCUUCAAAAACUGCAACAACUUCACCAAUGUCUUGUGGCCACAAGGAAACCCAAAUUUUAGCAAAAAUAUACACUUCUUUUCAAAGCAAGUAUCAGAACUUGAGAAAAUCAUAAGGAGAAUGAUUUUGGAGAGCUUGAGUCUUGGAAAUUACUUGGAUGAACACAUGAAGUCAACUACUUGUAGUCUUAGAGUAAUGAAAUAUGAAGUGCCUGAAAGUACCGAAACAACGCAUAGCUUAAAGCCUCACACAGAUAAGAACUUAAUUACUAUAUUGUUUCAAAAUCAAGUUGAUGGGCUGGAGGUACAAACCAGAGAUGGUGAGUGGAUUAGUGUGGAACUCUCACAAGAUCACUCUUUUGUCAUCUUGAUUGGGGAUUCCUUCAAAAAGAACACUGUUUCACCAAUUGAAGUAACGAGAUCUACUGUUAGUCACUUAUCCUCAACCAAGCAUCUACAGUUGACCAUCCGGAUUAAAGAUAUUUUCAAAGUGUUCAUCAAAUCACCAAAUCAAGCUAAACAAAAGCACGCCAAGUUUUCACGUGUUCUUGUAAAGCACCAAAUGUUCGACUUAUCAAGAGCCGGAGUCUUCAAAUAUUCUGAUGAAGGAAAGAAAUAA